AUGACGCGAAAAAGCUUCAGGAAUCGCUUGAAAGUUACUAGAAAUUCUAUAGAAAAAUUUUGUCAUGAUUUGAAAUUGGCCAAACUUCUGACAAAUUCCGACCGUCCUGGACAAGAGCAAUCCCAGUUUUUGGUGAAUGAUGACGACGACGACGAGCUUAGAAAAGGGUUUUUUAAAACGAUGGUUUUGGAAAAACUUGAUCUAUCGAAUUUAGGACCCGCUUUCGAACCAGAUGAUAAUGAGAAUAUUCCUCUAAUUUCUACACCAAGAAAAGGAUUCGAUCUUCCAAUGUCGCCGCGUUACGACAAUGAGGAAAAGAAUGGCGAAUUAUUAAAAUUUCGCCGCAAAUCACAAGAAUCGCCAAGAUCAUUUUUGAAUGGCACAACGUCGGUGGCGAGUCUUGGAGGGAUUUCAAAAAAGGAGAAUCUGACGAGCGCCUCCGACAUCCAUCUGGUUAGUUUCGACGACAAUUUAAUGUUCAAUGUGAAUUAUGGAGGCUAA